AUGCUUAUCCCGAAGGAAGACCGCAAGAAGAUCCACGAGUACCUCUUCAAGGAAGGCGUGCUCGUUGCGAAGAAGGACUUCAACCUCCCCAAGCACGGCGAUAUCGACACCAAGAACCUCUACGUCGUCAAGGCUUGUCAGUCGCUCACCUCCCGCGGCUACCUCAAGACUCAGUUCAGCUGGCAGUGGUACUACUACACCCUCACCCCCGAAGGGCUUGACUACCUGCGUGAAUGGCUUCACUUGCCUGCCGAGAUCGUGCCGCAGACCCACGUCAAGCAGCAGCGCAGCCAUGCUCCGCCGCGUGGCAUGAUGGGCGGUGACGACCGUGAGAGACGUGGUGGUGGUCGUGGUGGACCGAGGGGUGACCGCGAGGGCGGCUUCGGUCGUGGUGACCGUGGUGAUCGCGAAGGGUACAAGGAAGGAGGCAUGGGUGGUGAGGGUUUCCGCCCUGACUUCCGCGGCGGCUUCGGACGCGGACGCGGCGCGCCUCCACCAGCGUCCUAG